UGACCUAGGCGAGAUUGAGAUUUCUGAACUGAAGCCAUCAAAAUGUCGACGAUUAAAACCGUCGGGGUUUUAGCGAUAAUUGUUGGAUGUUUUGCCAUUCUUUACCCAAGGUUUAUGCAUCCUAUUGUUUUAAGGGCUUUCGGGAUGCAUAAAACUCAUGAAUCAGGAGAAGAAACGCCGUUAUAUCCACCACAUAAAAUGGGUGGGGAUCCAAGAGCUAGAGCCAAUGCUCGACCAGAAGGGAGACAACAUAUGAGGCCAGGACCACCUCCUGGUUUAAGAGCUUCAGUGGACAUGGAAAGAGAAAGAGCACAGCAGGGUGGUGGGCGUGGCAUGAUGGGUGUGGUCCUUCCGAUGUAUGCUGUAGGAAUAGUUCUCUAUCUUAUUUAUACAUUAGUAAAGGUGUUCAAUAAAAGAUCUGAAGAAGAAUCGGGGUCUGAAAAUGCAUUGGCUGAUUAUCUUCAAAAGGAAACACCAACAUUUGAUGCAACAAAUCCACAUGACUGCAAUGCAAGUAUGGAAGAAUUCAUGAAACGCCAGAAAAAUAAUGAAUUAGAAAAACUCCUUGUUAAAGCUGAUGAUAAAAAUAUCACAAGUGUUGAAAUGAAAGCUUUACAGAAACGACUAGAGGAGACAGAAGCUCAAAUGUCCAGUAUUUUACGAGCGAUGCAAGCCGUUUCUACAAAGGUUGAUGAUGUAGCAGCUUCUGACCCGGAUUUACAAGAUGCGAUGAAGGAAUCAGCCCAAGAAGCAGCCAAAUGUACAGCUGAAAAAACAGAUAAAACAUUGGAUGGAAAUAAUGUUGAAACAUCGGAUGAAAAAUCUGACAAAUCAUCACAAGAAUCCCCUAGUCCAGAUGUCAACAAUGAUGGUGAAAGAGGUGCCAUAUUCUCUGAUUCCAGUCCUGAUCUCGCUAGUUUUGAAAUUGUUGAUAGAAAAAAGGGAAGUCAUAGCGACACUUCCAAUAAUACAGAAGACGACAUCUCACAGUCGUUAUGUUCUGAAGUCGAAAAUAUUGGAGCAGGAGAUUUACCCGAGUCUGAAAGCAAAAUGAGGGAGUCAGAAUCUACCGAAUCAUGUAGCAGUGAAAAAGACAAUAACAUGGUGGCUCCAGAAUCAGAACAAGGGGAGGUAACUGAUACAAGCAAUGAACAAGCUGAAGGAACUACCGAAGAAAUAUUGCCUGAAGCAAAAACAGAGGAGGUGAAUUCAAGUCUGCGACAUCGUAAAACAGAAACAAGUCCUUAGUAAAAAUGUGAUAAUCCAAACAAAGUGAUGAAAUGAACUCCAAGAUCAGUUGUAAUGUCAAUCAGUUUAUAUUUCGUCUUUACUCAAACAAUCAAAAUAAAAAUAGUUGGUCAAUUUUCACUCAAUUAUUCUGCACACAAUGUGGCUUGUCUACUGUUUAUAUUUAUUUUUCGUGUGAAAACUUGUCAGUGUUUUUUUUUAUCAGUUCAAUUUCAUUGUGACUGGGGCAAUCUUCAACAUUAAUACCGCAAUAAACAAGUGAUCUUAGGUCAGCUAUUACCUAAGACCUAUUUUAGGAAAUCUGUCCACUUGAUAUGAAUGGUAUUGUGUUUUUAAUGUUUAUUUUAAUUUGUUCUGUUAUUUGUGCAAUAAUUGAUCAUUCUUAUGUUUUAUGGACAUACCCGACCGCUUUAUUUAGUUUUUGAUGCCUACAUACAUUGAUGUAUAUCGCGGUCCGUCCACAGUGAUUCUGAAGGAUUUUUUUUUUUAAUACUAGCAGGAAUUGUCCACAGAUGAAGCUUAUCUCCUCCUUCCCAGUUGCUCCCUGGUUAUUUAUGUUUAGAUUCAUGAGACUCUCUAUGGAAUUUUUAAAUUGUUCAAGGAUGAAUAGGUCUACUAUUGAAGUACAGAUCUUUUCCAUUUCUAAUUUGAAUUUGGGGGUUUUAUACCUACUCAUAUUCCUGAAAUUCUCCAUGGAUUGUUUGAAACAUGGUGGCAUUGUUUAAAACCUGGUGGUAUAGUUUAUUGAGGCUUAAGGUUCACAACACAAAUUUUGAACAUUAUUUUGCCAUCAGCAUUUUGAUGUUUAAAGCAUUUGAACACAAAACAUGACACAUAUUUCAAUGGAACAUUUAAAAAAGGUAGUAGCAUGGGAUUUUUUUUUUCUAUCACAGAUUCUGGAGUUAUCUUCUUAAUUACAUUCAAACUUGUGUUACACUACUUAAUUGUGAUUAUUCAUCAAAGAUAAGCUUCUGUGUAGACUGAAAACCUCUUGACUAGGACUUUUGUGUUUGAUUCAAGCGUUUUUAGUCAUAUAGAAUAAUUUUUAAUUCAUAAUGAUAUAAUAAGGUGUCUAGGAAUCUGGUAUCAAAAUCCAGAUCUACUGUAUGUUACAAGAAUCUCACUAUAUUUAUGCAUGAAUAUUUUACCUAUGUAUCUGUAAAUAAGAGUGUUUGUCAUUUAUUUAUUUAUUGUUUAUUUUAAUUUGUAAUUUAUUUAUUAGUAUAUUUAUGUAAUUUAAAUGAUGCUCAGAAACAACUCUGUCUCGUGUAUGUUUUUUUUUUUUUUUAAACUUUUUUGUUUACAUGUGUCUUAUGAAUUCCCAAAGUUUGUUGUAUUUAGUACAAGUGUGUUUUAUCUUUUUUUACAUAUCUUAUAGUAUUAGCAUUGCAGUAUGUGAACAACCAAUUAAAGGCACUGAUUGUCAUUUACAUUUUUCAGACACUAUCUAAUAAUAUUUCGGAACAUUUCCGUAGAAUGACCAAAUAAUCCAACCAAGUACUGGCCUUCUUGAAAGUAGGUAUUUUUCACCAGCGAAAUUC